AUGCCUCCUUCCAACUCCAACGGCGUCUCCUCCACCCCCGACGCCCUCGAAUCCGAUCUCCUGGUCAAACUGUCAGCGAGUUGCGCGCUUGAAGACCUACAAGAGAACCUCCUCGGAUCGCUCCACCGCCUGGGCUGGACCGAAAAGGUGACCACCCUAGCAACAGAACUCCUCCGCGCUGGCCGCUGCGAGACCUUCGACGAUGUGCUGGCCGCGGUCCUAGCCUCGGCAGAAGGCCGACACCACCCCGCCCUGGGCUCCAAGGCAACGAACGGCGACUCGGCAUCAAAUGGCACCAAGGAGACGAACGGAACAAAGAAGGGGAACAAGGACACGCCAUAUGACCCGCUCAAGUUUAUAGAGGAGGUCAAUGUGCGCAUACCCGAACCGGUCGUCGAGGAGGGCGUCCGUGGAUUGAAAGAGAUUCUGCGAGAAGUGGCUGACCUUGAGGGGGAGAGCACCCCGAAUGGAGAAAAGAAGUAA